CUUCAACAAGUAGUACUGUCUAGUAGUAGUAAGUUUGGGAUGGAAAGUAUCAUGAGCCACAGAGCUUCAACCUUAUCAUUCACACUUACAACUACUUCGCUUCCAUCAAAAAUGUCGGUACUACAACAACCCACCACCAGAACUCCAUUCUUAAAUUUCUGUCCUAAUUUGCAGAAUCAAACUAGAGCUUUAACUACUAAAGAUCUUCCCUCACUUCUAUUUCAUCAUAAUCAUCACCAUUAUCCUUCAAAUUCAUCUUCUUUCAAGGUUUAUUCUUCAUUGAAUUUGUUCAGUUCAGAUCAAAGCAACAUAAUUUUGCAAGAUGUAGGCGCUACUGGUCUUGUGAUGGCGGGAGCUUAUUCUCUUGUUCUUGUUUUUGAUAAUCUUACUAAGAAUCAAGUUAUUCAACAGAAUUUGAGUAGAAAACUGGUGCAUGUGUUGUCAGGGUUGCUAUUCCUGUCUUGUUGGCCGAUCUUCAGCAACUCUGCGGAGGCUCGCUACUUUGCUGCUGUUGUUCCUUUCGUGAAUUGUGCAAGGCUUAUUCUAAAUGGCUUAUCACUCACAACAGAUGCAGGUCUUGUGAAGUCCGUUACUCGCGAGGGUAAUCCAAGGGAAUUGCUAAAAGGACCCCUCUGUUAUGUGCUGGUAUUGAUCCUCUCUGCUGUUGCCUUUUGGCGUGACUCUCCGGUCGGGAUUAUGUCAUUGGCAAUGAUGUGUGGUGGGGAUGGAGUUGCUGAUAUUAUUGGGAGAAGAUAUGGAAAACAAAAGCUACCAUAUAACCAGCAGAAGAGUUGGGCUGGCAGCAUCUCCAUGUUUACAUUUGGUUUCUUAGUUUCCAUUGGGAUGCUCAAAUACUUUACUGCUCUGGGAUACUUCGAGUUGGAUUGGUCGUCUACAACGGGAAGAGUCGCUUUAGUGUCUUUGGUGGCAACGAUAGUGGAAUCCCUCCCAACUACAGAGGUACUUGACGACAAUUUAUCUGUUCCAUUAUCAACCAUGUUAGUAGCAGUUCUUAUGUUUGGUUAACAUCCUUUUUCAUAAGGCCGUAACUGUAUCUGUAAUUAAAUCUCCACCUCCACUGGUUUGAUGUUAAAGUUGUUGUCUCCAUCAAUGUUACCAUAGCCCUUCUCUUUGAUCCCUGCCUUACGGAAACUAGUUGUUGUUUAUGAAAAGAAGCAGGUAGUACAGCUAGAACACACAUCGACAAACACAUUUGUUUCAUGUUGCCAUUUAUUCAAGGAAAUGUGACACUAUUUGUUGAGGUGGUAGAACAUUCAAAGA